CUUGCCCUCCGGCUCCUUUGGCCAAGGCUGAGCCCAGAGGCACCCUACCUCUUUGCGCUCUGUUUUUGGGCGUCUGCUGCUUUCUCAGCUUCAGGAAGGAUGGCACCUCCUCCUCUUCCUCCUCCGUCUCUCCUGGUCUUUGGAGCUCACCCUUUGGAAGGUGUUCUACUGUGCAACUUGUAUAAAUGAGUGGAAAAAGAAACAGAAACCCAGGCAUUGUUUAGCAGAAAUCAUGUGACUAUCCUUGAAAUAUAAAUUCCGAUUUAUUUAAGAGAGUGCAUCCGUUUCCAUUCUGUGGCUCACAGUCAAGAAAGAGGCAAGAGAGGAAACAACAGCAGUGCCAAGCUGCACAUCUUGCCUUAUUCCUUGAGAAGAGAAGACAGCAGUUGUGCCAUAAAGGAGUUUGGAUUACCCUGAAUUCUGAAUUCUGUGACUCAUUCUUGGUGCGGCAUUAUGGCUGGAGCAACGCAAGCUUCUGAGCUGAGGAUGAUUCUCCUUGGAAAGACCGGAUCAGGGAAAAGUGCAACUGGGAACACCAUUUUGGGGGAAGAGAAGUUUGUGUCCUGCCUCUCGGCAGGACGUGUGACACUGAAAUGCGAAAAGGAGGAAGCACUUGUCAAAGGAAGGAACGUGGUAGUUGUGGACACACCUGGAUAUUUUGACCCGAAUCGCAAUAACAGGGAGAUUUCCAACAACAUCAAGAGCUCCACCAAAGUCCUCAGUCCAGGGUUUCAUGCUAUUAUUCUGGUUGUGAAGCUGGACCGUCUGACUAAAGAAGAAAAGGAUGUUGUUAGAGAGGUAAAGAAGUUGCUGAACGACAAAGCAAGGGAAUUCAUGAUCCUCCUGUUCACUAGGAAAGAUGACUUAAAAGGCAGACCUCUGAAAGAUUUCUUAGCCACAGGAGACCAGGAACUGCAAGAUUUGAUUGACUACUGUGGAAACAGGUGCCUUGCUUUCAACAAUAGUGCCGGUGAAAAAGAAAGGGAGGAUCAAGUAGCUGAGCUCAUUGCAAUGAUUGACACCAAGGCUGGACACUUGUGCUCUACGGAAAUGUUUAAAUCGUGGUUAGACCAUUGUAAGAUCUUAUAAGCUCAUGUCUGUCUAAAAUCAUAGCAAAUAUGCCCCAAGCUGCAGCCCUUCUGUUCUUGCUUUCCAGCAGAGACAGCAGGAUGCCACCUUCCUUCCCAGAGUAGAAGAGAGAGACAGACUGGCAUUUAGACAAUCCCCACCUUUUUCUGAAGCUGCUUCUCAAAGUACUCAAUCUCCAUUAGUUGCUUGUUUCAAUAAAAACGUGAAU